ACUCUGACCUCGGGCCCGCUGUUCUCGCAUCCGGGCUUUCGGCGCUACACCAGGAAGAUGGCGGCGGGAGCGGGGGCCUCGGCGGUGCCAUCGACAUCGGGGGGAUCCACGGCGGCGGCGCUCCCAGCCGAGUGGAUCAAGAACUGGGACAAAUCGGGCAAGACAGAAUUCUUGCAGCUUUGUCGUAAUCUGUCUGAAAAUGCAACUUUCAGAGGUAUCCAGCAGGCUUUAUAUGAGCUUGCAUACCAUGUUGUCAAGGGAAACCUAAAGCAUGAUCAAGCAUCCAGUGUCUUUAAUGAUGCAAUAGAAUUUCGGGAUGACAUGCCCUCCAUUCUGGCAGAUGUAUUUUGCAUUUUAGAUAUAGAAACUAGUUGCUUAGAAGAAAAAAGCAAGAGGGAUCAGUUCAUGCAGUUGGUGUCAGCAUGUUUGUACUUGGUUUCAGAUACUAUACUAAAAGAACGUCUGGACCCAGAAACAUUAGAAUCAUUAGGACUGAUCAAGCAGUCUCAGCAGUUUAAUCAGAAAUCUGUGAAAAUCAAGACAAAACUUUUUUAUAAGCAACAGAAAUUCAAUUUAUUAAGAGAAGAGAAUGAAGGCUAUGCAAAACUGAUUGCUGAACUCGGCCAAGAUUUAUCUGGCAAUAUCACCAGUGAACUGAUCUUAGAAAAUAUCAAAUCUUUAAUAGGGUGUUUCAACCUCGAUCCUAAUAGAGUGUUGGAUAUUAUUUUAGAAGUCUAUGAAUGCAGGCCAGAAUGUGAUGAAUUCUUUGUACCUUUGAUAGAAUCUUAUAUGUAUAUGUGUGAACCUCAAACACUCUGCCAUAUCCUUGGAUUCAAAUUCAAGUUUUAUCAGGAGCCAAAUGGAGAGACACCUGUUUCUUUGUAUAGAGUUGCUGCAGUACUUUUGCAAAGCAAUCUGAUAGAUUUGGAAGACCUUUAUGUACACCUCCUUCCAGCAGACAACACUAUUAUUGAAGAACAUAAACGAGAAAUUGGAGAAGCCAAACUAAUUGUGAGGAAGCUUACAGUGGUUGUAUUAUCUUCUGAAAAGACUGAAGAGAAAGAGAAGGAAAAGGAAAAGGAAGAGGAGAAAACAGAAAAACCACCUGAUAACCAGAAACUGGGCUUAUUAGAAGCAAUGUUAAAAAUUGGUGACUGGCAACAUGCACAAAACAUUAUGGACCAGAUGCCUCCAUUUUAUGCAACUUCACACAAGCCUAUUGCUGUUGCUCUUUGUCAGCUCCUUCAUGUGAUGAUUGAACCUCUCUACCGAAGAGUUGGAGUACCCAAAGGUGCCAGAGGGACACCAAUUCUUCCUUUGCAAAACAAAAGAGCACCCAAGCAAGUAGAAAGUUUUGAAGAUUUAAGAAAGGAAGUGAUCAACAUGCUUUGUUACCUUGGCCCACAUCUCUCUCAUGACCCCAUAUUGUUUGCAAAAGUAGUGCGUCUUGGAAAAGCAUUUAUGAAAGAGCACCAAGCAGAUACAGGCAAGCAAGAGGAUAAAGAGAAAAUGGAGUUAUUAUUCAGCUGUUUGCUGAGUAUUACCGACCAGGUUUUGCUUCCUUCUCUUUCUUUGAUGGAUUGUAACGCAUGCAUGUCUGAGGAACUCUGGGGGAUGUUUAAAACAUUUCCAUACCAGUAUCGGUAUCGCCUCUAUGGACAGUGGAAGAAUGAAACAUACAAUAGUCACCCACUACUGGUGAGAGUUAAAGCUCAGACAAUUGACCGCGCCAAAUACAUUAUGAAGCGUUUAACCAAGGAAAACGUAAAGCCAUCUGGAAGACAAAUAGGAAAACUGAGCCACAGCAACCCAACCAUUUUAUUUGAUUAUAUUUUGUCUCAGAUACAGAAGUAUGAUAAUUUAAUCACCCCAGUUGUCGACUCACUGAAAUACCUCACUUCAUUGAACUAUGAUGUCUUGGCAUAUUGCAUAAUUGAAGCACUGGCUAAUCCUGAGAAGGAGAGGAUGAAACACGAUGACACCACAAUCUCCAGUUGGCUUCAAAGUUUAGCUAGCUUCUGUGGUGCUGUUUUUCGAAAAUACCCUAUAGAACUAGCUGGUCUACUUCAGUAUGUGGCAAACCAGCUAAAGGCUGGGAAAAGCUUUGACCUGCUUAUUUUGAAAGAGGUGGUACAAAAAAUGGCUGGAAUAGAAAUCACUGAAGAGAUGACAAUGGACCAGCUAGAGGCCAUGACUGGUGGAGAGCAGCUGAAAGCAGAGGGUGGAUAUUUUGGGCAGAUCAGAAACACUAAAAAAUCUUCUCAGAGAUUAAAAGAUGCACUUUUGGACCAUGAUCUUGCCCUUCCACUGUGCCUUCUCAUGGCUCAACAGAGAAAUGGAGUGAUAUUUCAAGAAGGAGGGGAGAAACAUUUGAAGUUGGUGGGAAAGCUCUAUGAUCAGUGCCAUGAUACUCUGGUACAAUUCGGUGGAUUUUUAGCAUCCAAUUUAAGCACAGAUGAUUAUAUUAAGCGAGUGCCUUCUAUUGAUGUUCUCUGUAAUGACUUCCACACCCCUCAUGAUGCUGCAUUUUUCCUUUCACGGCCUAUGUAUGCACAUCACAUUUCAUCAAAAUAUGAUGAAUUGAAAAAGGCUGAGAAAGGGAACAAACAGCAGCAGAAAGUUCACAAAUACAUUACAGCGUGUGAGCUUGUGAUGGCCCCUGUUCAUGACUCUGUGAUCUCCCUGCACAUCCCAAAGGUGUGGGAUGAUAUCAGUCCACAGUUCUAUGCUACGUUCUGGUCACUGACAAUGUAUGACCUUGCUGUGCCACAUAGUAGCUACGAACGGGAAGUCAACAAACUCAAAGUCCAGAUGAAAGCUAUUGAUGACAAUCCGGAAAUGCCUCUAAACAAAAAGAAAAAAGAAAAAGAACGCUGUACAGCUCUUCAGGACAAGCUUCUUGAAGAGGAAAAGAAACAGCUAGAGCAUGUGCAAAGAGUACUGCAGAGACUUAAGCUGGAAAAGGAUAAUUGGCUUCUUGCAAAGUCCACCAAAAAUGAGACUAUAACAAAAUUUCUGCAGUUGUGUAUAUUUCCUCGGUGUAUAUUUUCUGCCAUUGAUGCUGUUUACUGUGCUCGCUUUGUGGAACUGGUGCAUCAACAGAAAACACCAAACUUUUCAACACUUCUUUGUUAUGACAGAGUAUUCUCUGAUAUAAUCUAUACUGUAGCCAGCUGUACUGAAAAUGAAGCUAGUCGAUAUGGCAGGUUUCUCUGCUGCAUGCUUGAUACUGUAACUCGGUGGCAUAGUGAUAGAGCCAUAUAUGAAAAGGAGUGUGGCAACUAUCCCGGCUUCCUCACCAUAUUACGGGCAACUGGUUUUGAUGGUGGGAACAAAGCCGACCAGCUAGAUUAUGAAAAUUUUCGGCAUGUGGUACACAAGUGGCAUUAUAAGUUAACCAAGGCAUCUGUACACUGCCUGGAAACCGGUGAAUAUACACACAUCAGAAAUAUCCUGAUAGUGCUGAUCAAAAUCCUGCCAUGGUACCCCAAAGUUUUGAACUUGGGCCAGGCUUUGGAGAGAAGAGUCCAUAAGAUCUGCCAAGAGGAGAAAGAGAAGAGACCUGAUCUAUAUGCAUUAGCGUUGGGCUAUUCUGGACAGUUGAAAAGUAGAAAACAUUGCAUGAUCCCUGAAAAUGAUUUCCACCACAAGGACCCACCCACCAAGAAUGCAGUACCUACAACAGUGCAAAAUGGGCCCGGAGGAGCUGGGCUUACUUCUUCCCUCACAGUAAAUGCAGCUAAACUGGAAGAAAGCACAGCUGAGGAGACUGAUAAAUUAUUAAAGGAGAAAUCUCAGGGUGCUGUUAAAGUGAUUAAUAAAGCUGCCAGUGCAACACCAAAGCUGACCACGAGCAAUGGGAGCAAUGCUUCCAACAGCAAAGUUAUAAAAGAAAAAGAAGAGAAAGAGAAAUGCGGGAAGGAAAAAGAUAAGGAGAAAAAAGAGAAAACUCCAGCUGCCACUCCUGAGGCCAAAACACUUGGGAAGGAUGGGAAAGAUAAACCAAAGGAAGAAAGGGUGAACAAAGAAGACAAAGCAAGAGACAGCAAGGAAAAGACACCUAAGUCUGAUAAAGAGAAGGAAAAGAACAAGAGAGAAGAGAAGUCGUCAAAGGAUGAAAAAUCCAAGAUCAUUGUGACCAAUGCUGAGUCAAAGUCAGCUGCAGAAAAGGAGAAAGAGAAGGAGCCGUCCAGAGAGAGAGAAGUAACCAAGGAUGUGAAAUCCAAGGAAAACAUUAGAGGAGGAGGAGAGAAGGCUCCAGUAGCUGGGUCCUUGAAGUCACCUGUUCCCCGAUCAGAAGCAUCAGAGUCUGAAAGGGAACAAAAACGUCGCAAAGUUGAUACCCAUUCUUCUCCAUCACAUUCCUCAACAGUAAAGGACAACCUCAGCGAACUCAAGGACUCUUCAGCAAAGCACUACAUUAACCACUCAACUCCAACACUGUCCAAGAGUAAAGAGAGAGAGGUGGACAAGAAAGAUUUGGACAAGUCAAGGGAAAGAUCCAGAGAGAGAGAGAAGAAAGAGGAAAAGGAAAGGAAAGAUCGAAAAAGGGAUCAUUCAAAUAGUGAUCGGGAAGUGCCUCAGGAUUCAACCAAACGUCGCAAAGAGGAAAAUGGAACAACUGGUUCUUCCAAACAUAGUAAGAGUGAAAGUCCCUCUGAUUCUCCUCACUCCAAUGAGAAGGAAAAGGACAAAACCAAAUCAAAAUCUUCAGGCAAAGAGAAAGGAGACUCAAUAAAAGUUGAAAAGAUGGAGAAAAGCUCUGGUAGCAAAAAGGAGUCCAGACAUGAUAAGGAGAAAACAGAGAAAAAAGAGAAACGGGACAGUACUGGAGGAAAAGAAGAAAAGAAACAUCACAAGUCUUCUGACAAACACAGAUAAUGAACAAUGUUCUGACCAAGGCAAGCUUGAAAUGAGAAGAUACUGAGGUGUGACCAUAUAUGUAUUUUCCGGAAUAUGGAUUGCACAGAAGAUUGUGAAUGAAGAGGACCCAUCUGCAUCUCCUUAAAUUAUUCAGUUCUCUGCUUUAUUUCCCUCCCAUUGCUGAAGAUUUGAUUGUUGAGUUGUACAUUACUGUAUUUUUGUUGGUUAGCUUCUUAAACAUUUAUUUUCAGUACCUGGCUGAAAGUGUUACAUGUUCCAUAUUUUAGCACAAUGUGCUGCAAAUUGUUGCCAUCGUGCAAAUGAGGUUUAUACGUGUACAGAGUUUCACAUUAGGUUACCCAAAUACUGCCUGAUUUCAGUAAUCCUUUUCAGAUGGAAUUGAAACAUUUGCUGUGUUUGAAAACCCAACAAAUAAACAGUUGUUGAACCUUUGGAAUUUACCUCAUUUAAAAUCCAGUUUUUAUUUAUUGUUUCUAAUAUCAAUAACUAGAACCAAGUGGGAGCAUUGUUUUUGUGCGGUGCUUAAGAAUUAUUUGUAUAUUAUGUGCACAGCAUUUCACCAGUUAAAAAAAAACCCCUCACUUAUUGUUCCUUGCUACACCUUAUAUGUUUGUCAUAAUGUUUCUAGAAAUUGGGAAAUACUUCAUUCCAAACAGAAAUUUAAAAAUUAGGUUUUCAUAUUACAGCUACAGGAGCUUUGUAUCGCUGGACUUUAGUCAAAAAAAAAAAAAGUUUCACAAUGACAUUUCUAAGAAAAGUAAAACAAUUUUUUUAUCUGAAAUUCUACCAGUGUAACCUUUUUUUCUAAAUAAACAAUAGUUUUCUCAA